CGGAAAUUGUUCAGCGGAAGAGACCUAGCGAAAAAGUCCGAUCUCUCAUACUGAAUCUUGCGAUUCGUUGUUUGCAUCAGUGAAUGGAAGAAAGUGGGAGAAAUGGAGGAGCUCAAGCAGUGAUAAAUCUGGGAAUUGGAUCUUCAGUACCAAUUUCGUAUCACCCAUGUUUUGGGCCUCACGAGGAUCUACUUCUUCUCGAAGCUGAUGACAAUCUUGUCUCAGAUAUCUUCAAUGGAAGGGUAACCUUGAGGGGGCUUCCUGAUGAAGAUGUUGUGCUCUGCACCAAAUCUAAGACUUACGCAAUCAAAUUUGUUGGUAACUCUAACUCCAUGUUCCUGAUUCCUCCAUCGAUUUGCCCCGGUUUUCUUCAAGAUGCGAAGGAUGAUGAUAAAGUAUCAGUCUUAAAAACUGCUCCUGGUAGCAUGGAGCUCGUUGAGAUUUCUCCUAGGCUCGACAAACUCAAGCAGCUUCUCUCGGAAAACCCUUACGGUGCCGGUGAAGUAGAAGCCAUGAUGAUGGAUGAUGACUUCGACCAUCAGAGAGAUGUUGCUUUGUACACGUGGAGUGAUUUGGUUAACACGAUUCAAGCUAGCGAUGAAGAGCUACGCAGCGGCUUGCAAAGCCUCUCUGCUAUUGAGAUUGAUGGUUACUGGAGGGUUAUAGACGAUGAUUACCUGGACAUGAUUCUGAGGAUUCUCCUACACAACUGUGUUCUGAAAGAUUGGUCUUUUGAUGACCUAGAUGAAGUUGAGGUUGUGAGUGCCUUAGUGGCUGAUGAGUUCCCUAGUAAACUCGCGAGUCACUGCUUGCGUGUGUUUGGCUCGAAGGUAAACGAGGAUGACAAGUGGAAGCUUGAACCUAGGCUUGUGUGCUUGCACUUUGCUAGACAGAUACUGAGAGAAGAGAAGAUGAGACUAGAGAGUUUCAUGGAAGAGUGGAAGAAGAAGAUCCCUGAAGGGAUGCAAGGAAGGUUCGAGAUGCUUGAAGGAGAGGUUUUAACAGAGAAGAUCGGGAUCGAGACACGGGUUUAUACAUUCAGUGUACGUUCUCUCCCAUCAACUCCAGCAGAACGGUUCGAAGUGCUCUUUAAACAUAGACCGAAAUGGGAAUGGAAAGACUUGGAGCCUUACUUGAGGGAUCUUCAUGUUCCUAGACUUUCUAUGGAAGGUUUGCUUCUGAAAUACACACGCAGAGCACAACCUAGAGCUGAUGCAGAACCUGUCUUUAGUGCAAGAUAGUUUCCUCUAUUUCUAAAGCUCGUCUUUGCUUUGUUACUUUUGUUUGAAUGAAUUAGUAGUAAAAUCACCAGCUUUGAUUAUUAAAACUAUAAACGAGAUUUGUAAUGAAGGGUUCAAGAUUGGUACAACAAUCCUGAACCGGUUUCAUGCAAUGAAGGGCUUCAAGAUUGGUACAACAAUCCUGAACCGAACCCUAAUGUUUUGGUUGGAGCAGUUGUAUGUGGACCGGACGAGAAAGAUGCUUACCAAGAUGACCGGUCUUUGCUCCUUUGGUUGGUGUUUUGGC